AUGACUCAGCCAACAGUGCCGGUGCCCGGUUAUCGCCCUCAGACGCCGCGGACGCCCCUAUUGACGAGCACCGUGAACAUCUCCAAGACUGGGCAUUACCAAUUUCUCGGCCCUGUACUCGGCGAAGGAUUGUUGACCAGCACAGGGAACAAGUGGCGGUCACGAAGGAAGCUUUUGACACCGGCAUUCCAUUUUCGCGUCCUCGACAGCUGCGUAGGCAUAUUCAACGAGCAGACCCGGGUACUGGUGCAGAAGAUCAGAGACUCGUCGCACUUGGACUUCGUCGACCUGUUUCCCAUGAUGACACACUUUACCCUCGACGUGCUGUGCGAGUCAUCCAUGGGAAUACAGCUGGGUGCACAGGGGACCAGUCAACAUAACUACUUUAAGAACCUGCACACUCUGCUGAACUGUGGCAUGGAGAGGCUGAGCAAGCCAUGGCUGUGGUGGAACACAGCCUACAACCUGUCUAGACAAAAGAGAAAAUUUACAAGGGCUGCCAAGGACCUCAACAAUUUUGUCAAUGAGGUUAUUAGAAAACGAAAAGAGAUACUCAGACAAGAAAAAAACGGGGACAAGAAAGACCAGACUUACAAAUAUUCGAAAGCGUUCCUAGAUGUUCUUCUAAGGCAUCACUUGCAAGACUCUACCCUUUCCGAAGACGACAUUAUGGAAGAAGUGAACACGUUCUUGUUCGCGGGCCAUGAAACGACAGCCGUCGGACUGACAUAUCUGCUGUACAUUUUAGGACUCCACCAAGACGUCCAAGAUAAGGUUGUCGACGAAAUCAAUUCAAUAUUUCAAGGAAACUUGGAACGUGACGUAACAAGAGAAGACGCUUCACUUAUGAAAUACCUCGAAUGCGUUAUCAAGGAGUCUCAAAGAAUAUUCACCAUACUUCCAAUCUACGGCCGGAAAAUAGAAGAGGACUUCCAAUUCCAGGGAAAGUAUGUUGUACCAAGGGGAAGCACAUGCGUCAUUCUUGGCCAAAUAUUGCACAAGGACCCGACGUACUUUCCAGAUCCGAACGUAUUUGACCCGGAUAGGUUUCUGCCGGAGAACUCCAAGGGCAGGCAUCCGUAUGCCUUUCUGCCUUUCUCCGCCGGUCCAAGAAAUUGUGUUGGACAAAAGUUUGCCAUGACAGAAGAAAAGGUCGUAGUGGCCACAGUGCUCAGACACUUCUGCAUUACCUCACCCAUAACAAGGCACAAUGAUGUUCGGAGGCUCAAGGAUCUCAACGGUGCGGGGUGGAUCACUGCCCUCAGCAACCGUAAAAAGCAGGAGACGAAGAGGCCGCCAUUACGAGAUGGCCAACGUGGUACCGUGAACAAGACGGCUGGCUACCGCACUGCCAAGGGACCGGCUAAAAGUCUGUUGUCGCAAGUAACGGCAGCUUCGCGACUUCCGAAGCUCCCGAAGGAACAGAUCAAGGUUAUCGUGCGCCCCAAGGGAGGCCUCGACGUAUCAAAAGCCGACGUAGUACUGCUCGCUCAAGCCCUGGCCAUGGCGGCGGCCCUGCCUGAACAUCAAACGAAGGAAGACACCGUGUGCCCAAACAAGUCCGUAUUGUUUGGUGGUGAUGCGGCUGACAAUUCGCAUGAUUUGGAAGAUGGUCUGCUUGAGACAUUGGAUGGUGUAUGCGCCUCCGCCGUCCUGUUGUACGUGGAGACCGAGAAUGAGGACACCACGCCCACAUUCUCGGAUAUUACUGAUCACCUUGCCGAAGUGCGAGCUCAGAAACACAAUGCGCCCGUGUACGCAUGGAUGGCGGCACUGUUUCAACCAGCUCUGUUCAACCAGUCUGUACAGCGAGAGGGCGACGCGCUGGUGUAG